AUGUACUUCGCGACCCAAUCCUGGGGCUGGCCGCUCGUGGCUGAGCGAGAUGGCAGAAAAUUCGACUUAGAAAGUGCCAUGAUCCAGGCCAAGCAGGCCGGCCUCCGAGGAUGGGAGCACUACUUUGCAACCCCAGACGAUGUCUCGACUGUUGUUGAACUGGCCCAAAAAGUCGGCCUUGAGCUACACUCGGCUUACAUUCCUGGUGCUUUCCACGAACCUGAACUGGCUGAAGCCGCCACGAAGAACUUCCUCCAGGUCGCUGCGGCCUUGAGGGACGUGGGUGUGCGAACCCUGAUUUGCAAUCCUGACCCGUUGGACUGGGACAAGCCCGACUCUCUCAAAACUGAGGCCCAGCUGCAUACUCAGCUUGCCGCCAUCAACAAGCUGGGCGCAGCUCUUGCAGCCGCAGGCAGCCGUCUGCUUUACCACUCCCAUGAUCCCGAGAUGCAGGGUGGUGCUCGCGAGUUCCAUCACAUACUCGUCAACACGGACCCCGCGUACAUGGGACUCUGCCUCGACGCGCACUGGAUCUAUCGUGGCUCCAGUAACAGUCAGAGAGCGCUGCACGAUAUUAUCUCCCUCUAUGCCAACCGAAUCGAAAUGAUCCACCUACGACAAUCCAAGGAUCACAUCUGGACUGAAUCGAUUGGCCCCGGAGACAUUGAUUACCCUGCCUUGGCCGAGCACUUGAAAAGGCACAAUGUAAAGGCCCUGAUGACCCUUGAGCUAGGUGCAGAGAAGGGUACACCACACGAACUCACUCCUGUCCAAGCCCACACGCAGCCGAUCCAAUAUCUCGAACCCAUAUUGCUGCCCUUUGCCGUAGAGCCGGACGUGACGACGGGCGACAGGUCGCUGCCGUGGAGGAUAAACCUUAUUGGGGCCGGCGCCAUCGCACGCCUUCACGCCAACGCAGUCAAGAACAUGAAGGACCUGGGUCCCUACCAGCUACUCGCCGCCGACCCGUCUCAGAAAGCCCGCAAUGGCUUCAAGGAGGCCUUUCCUAAAGCCAUCAUGUUCGAGAGCGGGGACGAAAUGCUUGCCAGCUCGCCCGUCCAGGACCGCGAUAUCGUCAUCGUCGCCGUUCCCCCUAUUUGGCAUCACUCGACCGCCCUUGCUGCAAUCCAGUCAAACCGCCAUGUCCUCUGCGAGAAGCCGGUCACCAUGACGACCGCCGAGCUCGACGAUCUUCUCGCUGCCAUCCAAAAGACAGGUCGCCAUUUUGGCGAUUGCAGCGUACGGUUCCUUUGCAACGAUGCACUGGACCGCGCCCGAGAGAUUGUUGCCUCCGGAGCCAUCGGGAGUCCUUACCACGUACGGCUAGUCAACCGUAUACCCCGUAUUCGUUCCGGCAUUGAGUUUCAACCGGACAGCAAAUGGUUCUUAGACAAGGAGAUUGCUGGCGGCGGUAUCGGAUUUGACUGGGGCCCUUAUGACUUGGGAGUACUCUUUGAUGUCCUGCGUCCUGUGGCGGCGACCAUCCAUCACGCCUUUAUGGCCUGUCCCAAGACUGGUGCUGAUCCGACUGACCAACCCAUAACUGUGGAAACUCAUAUCGGUGCGACCUUGACUCUCAAGCUGGAAAGCGGUGCCGCAGUCACGCUCGACUAUGAGCGCGCCAGCUGUGUCCACGGUGAACACGAGGCGACGCUGAACGUUGAUGUCAAGCUGACACAAUAUGUCGAUGUUGAUGGCAUAGUGGACAAGCAGGUGGAACACUUCCGUACGUUCAGCUAUGACGAUGUCCAUGGCCGUCCUCUGGUGGCUUUCGUGGACUUGGUCGCUGGCCGAAGAAGUGUCAUUCUGCCCGAGAACAGGCUAAAGUUCAACUAUUCAAUUUUGGUGGCCAUGUAUAAGAGCGCUGCAGAAGGCAAGCCAACAGAGGUUCACUUAUAG